AUGAAAAAUUUAUUAACCAAAAAUAUCUAUAUUUUCGGCAUUAUAAAUACAAUUAGAAUUUAUUUAAAACCGAACUCACAAUCAAAUAACACAAAAAUGGUUCGAUUCGAAAUGGUUUAUUUGAUGCAAAUUUCCUUGUACCUCCCAACAAUGUCAGACGUUUUAAAUUUCAUGCAAAUGAGUCACAGCGCUCUUAUUGCAAUUUCUUCACUUAAAGUGAAUCCCCAUUUUUCUACAAAUACAGACAUAGAAAAGUUCUGGGAUAUAAUGACUCCGGACACUGUUAACUGUAAUUUUCAGAGUGUUACAAAAGAAGUUUUAAAAAGGGCGAUUUACGUCAGGAAUUAUCCCAUCACCGACGACUUUUUGACGUCCGAAAACAUGAAAUUAGCAGAAAAAUUCACGAAUUUAUGUUUUACUAAUACCUUUGGCACACAAUCAAUUUAUACCGAGGAAAAUCAACAAGACACUUUUGACUCAAUUAAACUGUUUUUCGAGUUACUCACACAAAAUCCAACAAGAAAAGUCACUAUCCCCUUCGAACUUUUCUGGUUGUUUGUAGAUGAGUGUAACACCUCCAACAGCCCACUUCUUCCAAAUUUUGAAAGGUGUUAUUUUCCUAAAAAUGUGUUUCUUUAUUUUAUAGAGUUGAAUGGUGUUCGUAUACCUGAAAGGUUCAUAUUAUCACAAGAGAAAUUUCAGUUGGUAAAUGCCGCUGUGACCAAAUUUCAAUGCCAAAUUGCUAUUGACUGGUCAGUGUUAAUUGAUAGUGAUUACGCUUUGCUUACACCACACUGUAAAAAUUACUCUGCAGUGAUGAACAACAAUUCUAAUUUGGUGGUGCCUUAUUUGAAAGAAAAUGAAAUUUCCUUUUUCUUUACUUUUCCGCGCAAUCAAAUGAAUUCUUCAUGUCAAAAAGUGACUCACAUCGACUUCACUAAAAUUGAAGAAAAGAUUGUAUUAUGUUAUGCACCCCAUGUGAAGUUUUUAAUUCAACACUUUGAAAUCAAUUUAAUUGCUUUUAAAAUCCCACGUUGUGUUGAAGAAAUCACAGUAGAUGACUCAGAGCGUUGUAAUACGCAGACGUGUACGUGUCACAUUCCAGAAAAUUUAUCAAUACGAAAAUUAAACGUAUCAAGGUGUGGUGUAUUUUACAACGGAAAUAUUAAAAAUGUCGAAAGGGUUAGUUUAAACAACUUUUCAUCACUUAAGAAAGAUCGUAAUAAUGAAAUUUCACAAAUUAAGUAUUGGAAGAAAUCAAGUGAAUUUCCUUUCAUUAAUGUGAGAGAACUUGAAUUAAAAAAUAUUCAAAAUAUUAAAAUUGGAGCGCUUGAUAACUUGGAAGUGCUGAAAAUUGAUAAGUGUGACAACGUCUCUUGUUAUGUCAAUGAAAAGUGUGCAAAAUAUUUUAGUGUGGAAAACACGUCAAAUUCAACUUUUUAUAUCGACGCUAAUAAAUCAGACGUGCUGGAAUUCAAAAAUUGUAAAGCUCUCACUCUUGUAAUUUUUAAUACAAAAUUAUCUCAUACAAAUUUGGCCCUUUUUGUGUGUGAUUUGGUAAAAGUUGAUAUAGAAAAUAAAGAGUGCCAAUCGUUAUGUGUUAUUAACUCAAAUGAUCUCCAAAUUACACGCAACUGUACUUUUAAAACGUUAAAAAUUGUCAAUUCGACUAUUGGAGAAUAUUCAAAUUUAUUUGCAGAGGAAAUUGAUUUAUCAAUUAUCCAAAUGUAUCAGCCAAUAGACUUUUCUAAAGCAAAGAAAGUGACUUUGUGUGGGUUGAAAUCUUUUUCGUUUAAUAACAACUUAUUUGAUAAUUGUGAGGAACUGAAAGUCGUGCAUUCUUCUCACUGCCAGUUUUUCUUUGAGAAUUCUCACUUGAAAAUUUUGACUUUGGACACUUC